UGGCCUCAGGGUUCCGGUCAACCAAUGGUGGGGCAGCGGCGUCGGCGUCCGUACACCGCCUCUAGCUUUUCCCGCGAAAGUCGGCGGCGGAGCGUGGAGGUUCUUGUCAUCCGUGAUUUGUGGAGUUCGUAAAGGGAGAGGUGCAGUCAUGUCGGGCUUUGACGAUCCUGGCAUUUUCUACAGCGACAGCUUCGGGGGGGACGCCGGGGCCGAUGAGGGGCAAGCCCGCAAAUCGCAGCUGCAGAAGCGCUUCAAGGAGUUCCUGCGCCAGUACCGAGUGGGCACCAACCGCACGGGCUUUACCUUCAAAUACAGGGAUGAACUCAAGCGGCAUUACAACCUGGGGGAGUACUGGAUUGAGGUGGAGAUGGAGGAUCUGGCCAGCUUUGAUGAAGACUUGGCUGACUACUUGUACAAGCAGCCAGCUGAACACCUGCAGCUGCUAGAGGAAGCUGCUAAAGAGGUGGCUGAUGAGGUGACCCGGCCCCGGCCUGCUGGUGAGGAGGUGCUCCAGGAUAUCCAGGUCAUGCUCAAGUCUGACGCCAGCCCUUCCAGCAUUCGUAGCCUGAAGUCAGACAUGAUGUCACACCUGGUGAAGAUCCCUGGCAUCAUCAUUGCGGCCUCUGCAGUCCGAGCCAAGGCCACCCGCAUCUCUAUCCAGUGUCGCAGCUGCCGUAACACCCUCACCAACAUUGCCAUGCGCCCGGGCUUGGAGGGAUACCCCCUGCCCAGGAAGUGCAACACGGAUCAGGCUGGGCGCCCCAAGUGCCCACUGGACCCGUAUUUUAUCAUGCCGGACAAGUGCAAGUGUGUGGACUUCCAGACCCUGAAGCUGCAGGAGCUGCCUGAUGCAGUGCCCCAUGGUGAGAUGCCCAGACACAUGCAGCUCUACUGCGACAGAUACCUGUGUGACAAGGUUGUCCCUGGGAACAGGGUCACCAUCAUGGGCAUCUACUCCAUCAAGAAGUUUGGCCUGACCUCCAACAGGGGCCGAGACAGGGUGGGUGUGGGCAUCCGGAGCUCCUAUAUCCGUGUCUUGGGCAUCCAGGUGGACACAGAUGGCUCUGGUCGCAGCUUUGCUGGGACUGUGAGCCCACAGGAGGAGGAGGAAUUCCGUCGCCUAGCCUCCCUCCCCAAUGUUUACGAGGUCAUCUCCAAGAGCAUCGCCCCCUCCAUCUUUGGGGGCAUGGACAUGAAGAAGGCCAUCGCCUGCUUGCUCUUUGGGGGCUCCCGAAAGAGGCUCCCUGAUGGGCUUACUCGUCGAGGGGACAUCAACCUGCUGAUGCUGGGGGACCCUGGGACGGCCAAGUCCCAGCUUCUGAAAUUUGUGGAAAAGUGUUCUCCCAUUGGGGUGUACACGUCUGGGAAAGGCAGCAGUGCGGCUGGACUGACAGCCUCAGUGAUGAGGGACCCCUCUUCCCGGAACUUCAUCAUGGAGGGCGGAGCCAUGGUCCUGGCUGAUGGUGGGGUCGUCUGUAUUGAUGAGUUUGACAAGAUGAGAGAAGAUGACCGCGUGGCAAUCCAUGAAGCCAUGGAGCAGCAGACCAUCUCCAUCGCCAAGGCUGGGAUCACCACUACCCUGAACUCCCGGUGCUCUGUCCUGGCUGCCGCCAACUCAGUGUUUGGCCGCUGGGAUGAAACGAAGGGAGAGGACAACAUUGACUUCAUGCCCACCAUCUUGUCCCGCUUCGACAUGAUCUUCAUUGUCAAGGACGAGCAUAAUGAGGAGAGGGAUGUGAUGCUGGCCAAACAUGUCAUCACUCUGCACGUGAGUGCACUGACACAGACACAGGCCGUAGAGGGCGAGAUUGACCUGGCCAAGCUGAAGAAGUUCAUUGCCUACUGCCGAGCGAAAUGUGGCCCUCGGCUGUCAGCGGAGGCUGCGGAGAAGCUGAAGAACCGCUAUAUUAUCAUGCGGAGUGGGGCCCGUCAGCACGAGAGGGACAGCGACCGCCGCUCCAGCAUCCCCAUCACUGUGCGGCAGCUGGAGGCCAUCGUGCGCAUCGCUGAGUCCCUCAGCAAGAUGAAGCUGCAGCCCUUUGCCACAGAGGCAGAUGUGGAGGAGGCUCUGAGGCUCUUCCAAGUGUCCACAUUGGAUGCCGCCUUGUCUGGCACCCUGUCAGGGGUGGAGGGCUUCACCAGCCAGGAGGACCAGGAGAUGCUCAGCCGCAUCGAGAAGCAGCUGAAGCGCCGCUUUGCCAUCGGCUCCCAGGUGUCCGAGCACAGCAUUAUCCAGGAUUUCACCAAGCAGAAAUACCCAGAGCAUGCUGUGCACAAAGUGCUGCAGCUCAUGCUGCGGCGGGGCGAGAUCCAGCACCGCAUGCAGCGCAAGGUCCUCUACCGCAUCCGGUGAGCCUGCGCUCCCUCCGCUCUGCCCCGCCCCUCCACGGCCCACCGUGCUUCCAGCUCUCCUGCUGCUGUCGGCCAUCAAGAACACAGCUGUCACCUCUGCCUCCCCACUGCUAUCCUGGAGUUUCCCAGGCGCCCUCUUUUCUCCUGGAGGAAGAAACCAUUGUGUUCAGCUUCACUUCCUCGGGCCAUGGCCUCUGCUGCUGUUCUGAGAAAGUUUUUUGGAAACAAUAAAGCUGCUGUGUG